AUGGAUGCGCGAAGUAAUGGCACCGGACGACAUUACGCUGAGAAAGAAAUAUACCAGUACGAUGCUCCUUGGCCUGUCUAUGCUUUGGAUUGGUGUAAAGCACAAACCGAUCGCGAAGGAUUUAGAAUGGCCGUUGGCAGUCUGAUUGAAGAGCAAACCAACAAGCUCCAAAUUGUGACACGUACCGAUCUAGCCGUCUGGGACGAAAUGGAUCGCUAUAAAUAUUACGGCAACAAGCAACAAUCGAACCCAGAUUUCGUACCUCUUGCCGAAGUCGACUCGCAUUAUCCAAUCACUAAGGUUCUAUGGGAACCGCGAAAACGAUCACCACGCUAUUCAGAUAUUCUCGUCACAUCGUCGGACGUGUUACGGCUUUGGGAACUCGUCGAUAACCCUUCAUACGGAAGAUACGAUGGUACGAUCGGUGGUCGUCGCGGCUAUAAUAAUGAGCACCGACAAUCAUUGAUCAAACGAUCCGAGCUCGUUAAACAACGCGACUUUUGUGCACCGCUCACGUCCUUUGACUGGAACGAAGUUGAUCCGUCACUGAUUGUCACUGCCAGCAUUGACACAACGUGCACCGUGUGGAACGUUGAAACAUGUCAAGCGAAAACACAACUGAUCGCCCACGAUCGUGACGUGUAUGACGUUGCAUUCAUGCACGAAACAUCUGAUAUAUUCGCCAGCGUUGGAGCAGAUGGCAGUGUCCGUUUAUUUGACCUACGAUCCCUGGAACAUUCCACCAUAUUAUACGAAGCACCACCAGCACCACCCAGUCCAUCCGGCUCGUUCGCUUCUGCCAUCAGUGAUGGUUCUCGACCGCUUUUACGUCUACAAUUUAAUCGUAUUCAACGCGAGCUCCUGGCGACUUUUCAUAUGGAUUCAGACACUGUCCAAAUUCUCGAUAUUCGUUACCCUAGUGCUCCUGUUGCUGAGCUGACACGAAGCCACCAGAGUAGCGUCAACUGCUUUAGCUGGUCUCCUGGACACCCAGGCUACAUUUGUACUGGAGGCGACGAUGCACAAGUUCUCGUAUGGGAUAUAAAUAGUCAACAACAACAGCAACAACCUCAUCGACGCCCCUCACAUCAACGUCAACCGCAAAGCAUCGUCCAAAGUCCCAGUCUGCGCUAUGUAGCUGAUUCCGAAGUCAAAUCGUUAUCAUGGAAUCAAAGUCUGCCCAUGUGGAUAGGUAUUGGUUUCGGCAAGACCGUUCAGGCUCUCCGCGUGUAA